AUGACCCGAAGGCCGUUGAACGGACUGUUCCGCCGCGCUGUGCAAUGCAGGGACCAAUCCGUGGUGGACCGCCUUCUUGAUCGCAGCCACCCAAACAAGCUCCUGGUCGACCGCGACUUCGAUCCUCCGGAUGCUAACAUGGCCAUGUCCAAUUUCCAGAAAGUCCGGCAAUCAUGGAGCAAAUACAACCUGUUUAACCUCAAUCGGAUGCAAACGCCCAAUACCUUCUACCGGUCGUUCUUCCAGCAAAAAUGGACCGCCAAAUCCCUGGCCCGAGCAUACCACGGCGAACAGCUGCCCGAAAAGCACUGGCAGCGCAUGUUCAACCCCCGGAUCCGCAGCGUCAUCCCUAUGGACCCCUACAAAUUGGCCGCCGAUGACGGGUCUGCCAUGUCGGCCGGUCGUGGAUCGGGUCUCUCGGAUCAGAAGGUCUCCAACCCUCGGCCAAUUCCGUUCUCGCAGAUGACUUUUGCGCCGUUGGAGCGUCGGUUGGACGUGGCCAUCCACCGGGCCAUGUUUGCCAGCAGUACUCGACAGGCUCGGCAGUUUGUGGUCCACGGUGCCGUUACGGUUAACGGACAGAAGAUGAGAUACCCUAGUUACCUUCUCAACCCUGGCGACCUCUUCCAGGUCGACCCCGAACGUGUCAUGUACGCCACCGGUGCGCCCAAGGACAAGCACGAGCGUCGAGAGAGCCGUGUCGCCCGGAAAAAGGCCGGGAAGACGCCGGCAGAGGGAGAGGAAGCUGCUGCCGAGGAAUCGACCGAGAAGAAGGAAGCUGACACGGAAGUCGAGAACAAAAAGUCCGAGGAGGAAGACCCCCGCGAAACGCUGAAGGCUCUGCUGGCUCAGGCCAAGGUCAUCAUGGGCAGUAACAAGGAGGUGAUCCCCGCCAAGCGCAAGCAGGAGCUCCGUGGAUUCCAGAAGGCCAUCAAGCGAGUCCUGUCUCGCUCGGAGUCCAGCACCAUUCUAGCGGACAGUUUGGAGGACCAGUUCUCCCAGCUGACCCUACUCUUGAAGGCCAAGAAGGCUGAGGCCAAGGAAUCGAAGGACUCCAAGGAAUCCAAGGAAUCCAAGCAGGAGCAGUCGAGCAACAAGGCUGCGGCUGCCUCCGACGAAGCCACGGCCAGCGAAGCCAAACCCACCGAGGCCCUGACAGAGGCCUUCCGCCAGGCCGCCGAGAACCCUGAAGGCGAGGUGGACACGUCGGAGCUCAGUGAGGAAGAGUUCGACGUGCUCAGGCGGGCACUCGUGCAGAUGCGCGACAACCCCAUCGACAACAGCAAGCCCUACGCCACUCCCUGGCGCCCUCGCGAGUACAUGAGCGCCUUCGCCUACAUCCCCCGGUACUUGGAAGUCAACCAUAACAUCUGCGCCGCCGUCUACCUCCGACACCCCGUGGCCCGGCCUGGCUUCUCGGAGGUGCCUUCGCCGUUCGGCGAGUCUGUGAGCACCUUGGCCUUUACCUGGUACUUGCGACGACGCAUCAUCCACACAUCAUCGCGACGGGCACUCCGACCCCCAAGACGAUAUAUAUCACGCACCGAGUCCUCCCUUUUCCGUGACGCUCUAUCAACACCCCCGAUCUUUCCCACACCGUCCCUUCGUCGCUUGACUCGCCCUCGGUCCAUCGACGACGUCGUCGUCGUAGCCGUCUAUCCACGGAUCAACGACAACACCAAGAUUAGAUCCAUGUAUUCCUGGCCCAGUCAUUCCAGCCAUGCCGCCAGCGCCUCAGCACCCGGGCCCGCAGGAAACGCAGGGACGACAGGCUCGCCCGGCCCAACAACAGGAGUCGGAUUAGGAGGCGGCGCAGGAGCAUCCGCAGCAGGAGGACCAGCCGCAGGAACAACAGGCCCAGGUCCGGGUGCAGGCCCAGGAGGGCCAGGAGGAAACCCACGUAUCGAGUCCCCAGGGUCGGCGUCCUCGUCGUCAUUCCAAAUGCCUCACCUCCGAUGGCUGCCGUCUAUGAUAUCACGCUCGUCUGCGGCGACGGCGCCGCAUACGGGUCAUGGACAAGGUAGUCAUGCGGCACAUGCGGGACAUACGACGUUACCAACCUUGUCGUCGAAUUUGCGAAUGGGCACGCCGAACGCUACACCGCAGCAGCAUCUGCCGCAGCAGAGUCCCGUUCAUCAUCCGCAGGCGCAGAUUCAUCCGCAUGCCCAUGUCCAUGCGAAUACACAUGCGCACUCACACCCGCAUUCCCAUUCGCAUCAUCAUUCCCACUCGCACUCACACUCCCAGUCGCAACCGCAGCCGCAUUCGCAGGGCCGUCAUACGGGGGUUUCGGCGGUGGUGGAUGCGCGACGGGGUCAGCAGGCGCAACCGCAGCACCAUCAGCAUCCACAACAACACCAACAGACUGAGUCGAUGGAGAGCUCGGACAGCGAGCAGUCAGACGGGGGACAUCGGGAGGGGCGCGGAGGUAGCGGGGCCGAUGGGUCCGAGGAGGUGGAGUUCAUGCCUUCGCCGGGCGAGAACACGCCGUCUCGUCGGGCAGGAGGCCGUGGACGAGCGGACGAUGGACACAGGAUCAAUCGGCAUGGGGCCGAUGGGAUGUCAGCCACGCACCCAGUUCUCAUUGACCACUCGAUGGGAGACGAGGUCGGGAAUGGCGGCGGGGACGACGGCGCAGACGCAGGCGGAGGUAAUGACGCGUCGCGCAAGCACGGCAAGCGGCUGACGACGAAGGAAGAGGUCUCGCUGUUUGACAUCUGCAACCGGCACGCGGAGGAGUUUGGUCAGCGCAGCAACCUCUGCAACUGGUGGCGGACGGUGACGGCGGAGUUCACGAGCGAGCAAGGACACCCGUACUCGUGGCAUUCGGUGCGGCGGAAGGUUGAGCUGGUGACCAAGCAGCGCAUGAAGUUCCUGGAGGACCAACGCGAAAAGGGUGGCAGCAAGGCCGACGACAUGUCGAAUCCGCGAUGGCGCGCGUCCGUGGAUGCGUGGAUCCCGACGUGGCAGCGGUGGGAGGACGCUGAGGCGCGGCGCAUCGAGAAGCGGGAUUCGCGACGGCCUCGCAAAAGAAAGGAUCGCUCGUGGGAGUCGUCAGGGGGGUGGGAGGCGCCGACGAACUCUUCCAACGGGGGCUGGCGAGCGGCGUCGAGUCCCGUCGUGGACCACAGUCGCGCGUUCGGACAGAGCCAGUCCUCGUUUUUGCCGCCGUCGUCCGCGCAGUCGCCGCAGGUACGCUUGCCCCCGGGCUUUGAUAACAUGUUCACCUCGCCCGUGGUCAGCGGAGCAAGCCCUGCACCGAAGGCGGCGGGCUCGUCCAUGGGGAACACGUCCAUGCCAGACAAUAACAUUAUGUCGGCGAUGUUGGAGACCCUCGGCAAGCUGAAUAAACACCUCGACACGGUCAAUCCGGACCAGCAGAAUGCCUCGCCGCUGGCGUCGUCUCUCGCCGGGUCGAACCAGCGCAAUCAAAAUCCCCGACGGGAAUCCCAGCAGGACUCUGACGGCGAAGAGUCCGAGCCGGCGGCCCUCUCUGUCGCAGCCAUCAGCAAGUUCAAGGAGGAACUGCGGCAGGAAAUGAGGCAGGAGAUCCGGAGUGAAUUGGAGAAGGACCGGGCUGCAUUCGAGGAAAGGUUGGAUUCGGUGCAGAGGACGCAGGACAUGAUUCUGGAGAUGUUGAGACAGGAACCCACUUAG